AUGACAUGUGUGUCCGCAGUUCGGCUCGCGUGGGAGCCGCGGCCGGUCACGGAGCGCGCGGGCUUGAGCUUUCCGGCUUUUUUUUCUGGCGCCGGCUCGGGCUUCGACUACAGGGGCCCUCGGAUGGCCAGCGGCUUUGGCACUCGCGCGCCAGUCGGGCGCUGCUUCCCGGUUUAUCGGGAGUUUGCGGAGUGCAUCUCGGAGAAGAGUGGGUCGCCUUCGGAGAAGGCGGCGGCGUGCGCGGAGCUGCGUGAGGACUACGUCGAGUGCUUGCACCAUAAAAAGGAGGCGCGCCUCGCCCACCAGCGGGCCAAGGGGAGUAGGGGCAGCCAUGUUACCGGCGCGUGUGCCUCUGAGCUUCCCAAGUGUGUGCCGCAGAUCACACGGCUCAAUGCGCUGUCCGACGAGCGGGCGCGCAAGAUCAAGGCUGGCGAGCCGGUGCCCAGCACGCUGACCGAGGACGCCAAGUCUGGCACCUUCCGCUUGCCCUUCACCAAUGUCAAGUCCUGA